AGUCAAGCUGUUUAGGAACAUGGAUAUUGAAUAUUAACAUCAUUUUAACGUUACAUAAAUGUUAAUGAAAUUACCAUCUACGAACAAAGUUCUGUCUUUAAAUAGUUGGAAAGAAUGCUGUCUUUAAAUAGUUGUAAAAAAGUACAUGGUUAUUAUAGCAAACAGUCACCAAAGAACUUAAUUAAGCUCGUUCGUUAAAAAUGGACAUAGACAAUUUAUCAAACUUACUUGCAGGCUUAUAUUAAAAUUAUACGGAUCUUUAUUUUGUGGAAAAUGGGAUUUAUAAGACAAAGUGUUACAUUUUGUGUUUUGAUUGUUUUGUAUACCUAUAUUUCGUCCCUUCUGGAACAAAAACUACCUGUAAAUGUUGAUGGGUAUUAUCAUCCAGCAUUUAAACGUGUAGCUGAAGUAUUCAGGAAAAGCGUUGAAAACAACAGGAAUCCAGGCAUAGCAUUUGCAGCAUAUCAUAAAGGCGACUUGGUGUUUGAUAUGUGGGGAGGGUACGCCGAUUUUGAAGCACAAAGCCCCUGGAAGAAUGACACUAUUACGCUAGGAUAUUCUGCAAGCAAAGGUGUUGCCGCAAUAGUUGUAGCUAAAAUGGUAGAAAUGGGAUAUUUAGACUAUAAUCGCCCAAUAGCGCAUUACUGGCCAGAGUUCGCUCAACAAGGGAAAGAAAACAUCACUGUAGAAAUGCUAAUGAGUCAUCAGGCAGGACUGGCAAUUAUUGACGAGUCUAUACAUUUGAGAGAUAUAAAAGAAAACCCAGAGAAAGUUGAACGAAUAUUAGCACGACAAAAAACAUCCUGGCCAGCAGGCCAAGCUUUAGGUUAUCAUACGGUGUCAUACGGCCCAUAUGUGGACACUUUGGUAAGGAAAGCAGAUCCAAAAGGCCGAGAAAUAACUAAAAUAUUUAAAGAAGAUAUUGCAGAUAUACACGGUCUUGACAUGUGGAUGAAUACUCCAAACGACCAGUUUUACCGAGCUGCACGAAUCAAUCAAGAUCCAAUUUGGAAAUUCUUAUUGAAAGCAUUUAUGGUACCUAAAUAUGCCAAGAUGUUUACCAACUUAAUUUUGUUUCCAAAAUCAGUGUUUGCACGUUCUACACAGACUGUGGUGGAACUUGCUGAAUAUGCCCCAGAUCGCCAUAGUGGAGGUGGACGAAAGAAGAAUGCUAAUUACGAUAUAUGA